AUGGAUUCAGCUGGUCAUGUUAUGUUCACAGCCAACAACCUGUACGCUCGUGCAAACUCCACCAAUGGAACCAGCACCGAAGAGAGUCAGGACCAUGCCUCGAGACCGCCGAUAUACAAAGCCAUUGGUAUCAUCCUUGCCGUAUGCUCUGGUGUCUUUAUCGGAACCUCGUUCGUCCUGAAGAAGCAUGGAUUGCUCAAGGCCAACGAAAAGUACAACGAGGCUGCUGGCGAGGGCUACGGUUACCUCAAGAAUGGCUGGUGGUGGUGCGGAAUGACCUUGAUGAUUCUAGGUGAAAUAUGCAAUUUUGUUGCUUACGCUUUUGUCGAUGCUAUCCUCGUUACCCCUUUCGGAGCUCUCAGCGUAGUCAUUACAACAAUAUUGUCUGCAAUAUUUCUAAAAGAGCGUCUCAGUUUUGUCGGCAAGGUUGGUUGUUUCUUAUGUGUGGUUGGUGCCGUUGUUAUCGCAUUGAAUGCUCCUGAGCAAUCUUCCGCUGCCAAUAUUCAGCAAAUGCAACAUUUUGUCAUUGCUCCCGGCUUUUUGGCAUACACCGGAGUUGUCAUUGUUGGAUGUGCUUUCACUGCUCUCUGGGCUGGUCCCCGCUAUGGCAACAGGAGCAUGUUCGUCUAUCUCACCAUUUGCAGUCUUAUCGGUGGCCUGAGUGUCGUUGCAACUCAAGGGCUUGGUGCUGCUAUCGUUGCCGCUAUCGGCAAGACCACCCCAGUCAACCAAGAUCAUAUAUUUGAACCGCUCAACAUAUACAAUGCCGCCCUGGUCACGCCUACAUACUACGUCUACUUCACUUCGGCCACCAUCGUCACCUCGGCAAUCUUGUUCAGAGGAUUUGGUGGCAGCACAAUAGGUAUCGUGAACGUCAUCAUGGGAUUCCUUACAAUCUGCUCUGGCGUUGUGUUACUUCAGCUUGCAAAAUCCUCCAAAGACGUACCGGACACAGCGGUCUUCAAGGGAGAUCUGGAUCAAGUACGAACCAUUGCCGAGCAAGAAGAGCCAGAGAGCGAACCACGCGCCGAUACUAUUCGUGGCGGUGCUGCAAUCGUUCGCGCCAUGAGCAGCAAGCGUACCAUGAAGCAGCUUGACGAAGCCCGUACCAUCGCUAGCGAACACAUGGAGCCUAUCGGAGAAGACGAUUCGAUUUACUUUGAUGGCUUGCGGCGCCGCAAGACUGUCGUCGGCGGACCCAGUGGACACACAUCGUUGCGAUCAGCAAAGACAUCUCAUCCUCCUCUCGGACUCACACACUUCCCUGACGACAACCACACCGAUACCGACAGUGACAAUGAUGUGCAUCCCGGGUUCCUUCCACGUUUCCGUCGCAGCAAAAAGACGCGACACCCGUCUGGAGGAGACCAUUCUCUGUUGGAGAUGAAGCCGCCAAUUACCUUGAAGGCCCAAUCAACCUUUUCCACGACAGCUGACGAAACAUCCGUACGCACGCCUGCACGUGAGCACGUCUACGGACUACCUUCAAGUCUUCGCUCACCGAACCUCGACUCCGACACUUCGUACAAAGGCGGCAGCGCCAUCCACUGGACAACCAGCAUCGACGAGCGCGAAAAAGAACGCGCCAUGAGCCACUCCAGCUCUCUCAUGCCNCCCAAGCCCCCGCUCCACUCAUCACGACCAGACUCCAGCAAACGCAACUUUAGUUUCCAAAACGUCUUCCACCGCAAACAUCACGACGAACCCGCAGACGAAGGCAACAUCCGCCCCAUCUCCCGCGGCGCAUUGAGUUUCGCCUCUCGCAAGAGCACUAGCUCCCACCAACGCCCUAACAGCCGCAACAAUGCCAGCGAGGAAGAAAGACUAGGUCUAGUCACUGGUGACGCUUCCUCGCCCACUGGCGGCAAGGGCAAGCAACCGCAAACACACGACUACGAGGUUGAAGAUGACGACUGGCUCGUCACCAGCGGUAGAAGCGAAAGCCCUGAAGAUAUCAUGGGUGAUCUUGGCCGUGUGCGGAUGGAUAGAAGUCGUAGUCGCAGUGAUGACGAUAGCACCAACUAUGAACGUUAUGAUGAUGAAGAGUUGGGAUAUCUGAAGCCCAAGAAGCCUAGUGGGUUUAAUUGA